CCUCCCUUCAAGUUAGAGUUGAAAUUGGUUAUUGUGCUACAUCGGGAACAGUGGUGACCCCGAGUCCUAAUUGGCAUGGAAAUGGAUCGGAUACCAGGUUCGGCGAUUCCUCCCCGUCUCCGAUAUAGAGCCGGACGUGUUCCGAAAUUUUCUUGUUUGUCGAUGGCUCGAGCGUUGCCUGCUUCCUCGAGAAUAGCGAUGCACAGCAGUGUGUCGGAAACGCAAUCUGAACUGAGGAUGUUUAUUCUAGGAAUGGGUUUUGUUGGGCAAUUGCUUUCAUACAAGCUCCAGAACCAAGGAUGGGUUGUGUCUGGAACUUGCACUAGUCAUAUGAAGAAGAAGAAACUUGAGGAUAGGGGAUUUCAUAUUUACCAAUUUGAUGCACUCGAGCCAGAUUGUUUUUGCAGACUUAGCAUCCUAGAUCAUAUCAAGCAUUACACUCACCUUCUUGUUUCCAUCCCUCCAAUCGUUGGCCUCGGUGAUCCAAUGCUUCAACAUGAACGGCUUUUAAGAAGUUCAUUUGUCAAUGGGAAUCUUCAGUGGCUCUGUUACUUGUCUUCUACUACAGGCGUCUAUGGAGACUGUGGCGGAGAAUUGGUGGAUGAGGACUAUCCUCCUAACCCGACAAGUGAGUUGGCAAAAUUAAGGUUAGCCUCUGAAGAGGGUUGGUCAAGUUUAGCUCACUAUCUCGGCAUUUCAGCAUAUGUAUUUCGGCUGGGAGGUGUCUAUGGCCCUGGUAGAAGUGCCAUCGAGACCAUUAUGAAGCAGGACUCGUUGUCUGAAGCUCAAAAGAUGAGGAAAUACCGAAAAUAUACAUCAAGAGUUCACGUUGAGGAUAUUUGCCAGGCGAUCAUGGCUGCUGCUGACGCACUUUCCCUAGGGAAAGUGUACAACAUUGUUGAUGACGACCCUGCUGCUCGGGAACAAGUGUUCGAAUACGCAAGAAAAUUGGUGGAGAAAAAGUGGCCGGAUCUGAUCAAACAAGAAGCCCAGGAGGUGGAGUGGUCAGAUGUAAAACCGACAGACAUGAGGGGUGAGAAGCGAGUGUCUAAUGCUCGAAUGAAGGACGAACUGGGGGUGCGCCUGCUUUACCCUGAUUUUAGAACAGGAUUGCAGAGCAUACUUGACAAGAUGGACACCCCUUGCUUACAAUCUAGAUCUUAAUUACUAUUCGCUAGUCAAAUUUCUUUUUUCAUUUCAUUUUUUUCCUUCUGAGUCAAAAGUGUGAUUUCAUUACUCAAAUGAACUACAAAAAGGCAUUACCAGGCUGGCAAGGCAUCUAUGCGAAAAAUAAGAUUAGAGAACUA